AUGAAAAGAAAAAAAGAGGGUGAUCAUUUAAUUAGAUUAGAUAGUGAUGAUGAAGAUUAUAUAUAUAAACAUGAGCACAAAUAUAAAUACUCUAAGGAUCAUAAUAAUGAAGAGGAGUUGGGAUUAAAACUAGAUAAAAAUCGAUAUGAUAAGACUCAAAUAAAUAAAUAUAUAGAAGAAAAAUUCCCAAUUUUUAUACCAGAGGAUUGUAGUGUAUUAGAUGAAGAAAUAAAUGAUAUACAACUCAAUUUAAAUAAUUUACAAAAUGAAAUGGAUAAAAAAAAAGUCGAAUAUAAUGAAAUAGAAGUUACAGAAGUUGUAAAUAAACAGAAUAUUAACUUCAAAAAUAUAAAGAAAUUAAAAACCAAUAUUCAAGACAUUAAAUUAAGACUACGUAAUAAAGAUAUAUAUGAUUAUGAAACUGAAUCGUCAACCAGACUAAAUAUUGAAGACGUAGAUUAUAAAGUAGAUGAUGAUGAAUUGUUUUAUUCUAAAUUAUCUAUAUCUAAGGUUAAAACUCCAAUAAUUAAUCUAGAUAAUGAAAAAGAAUUAGGAAUGAAUAUAAAAAUGGAGAAUACUAAUGAUAAAUUAAUAAAAGAUGAAGGAAUGGAAAUAUAUGAUAAUUUAUCAUCUGGAAUUAUUAUAUCUACUGAGGAUGAAAUUUGUAGGCUUAUAUCUAAUAAAAAUAAUAUUAGAAACAAUAAUGAUGUAUCUAAAAAAGAUAUAAUUCUAACUAAUUCUAGUAUUACAGAUAAUUCAAAUGUUAAUGUAGAAUUAUUUAAAAAAUCUGAAGAAAUAGAUAAUAUUUCGAAUUAUUCAAAUAAUGAUUUAUUUGUAGAAAAACCUUUAGAUUUUGGGAUAGCAUCUGCAUUGGAAUUAUUUAAACAGAGGGGAGAAACUUUCUCAAAUCCUAUAAAUAAUAAGCAAGAUUCUCUUAGAGAUAUUGUUUUAUGGCAUAUGGAUGAGAAUGGUAAUAUUUUAACUCAAAAGGAAGCUUUUAGACAAUUAUGUUGGAAAUUUCAUGGUAAGAAGUCUGGCAAAAAUAAAAUUGAGAAAAUGAUUCGUAGAUCUAUAAGAAAUGCAUGA